AUGAACGAGUUUGCUGUGACGACAGAGAACAUUGUGUUUAGCGGUCUCGGUCGCACAAGCGACACGCAUUCAUGGACCAGAGAGGCGUGCACCAGUGCGAAGAGCGCGGGGCUGUUGGAGAGGAAACAGGCGAGGGCAUGCAGAGCUGCACCGGAUGUGAUGCCUGCCUUGGUACAAGCCGCUAAAGAUACGUCAACGGUAUGCCAACAGGCCUUCAGACAUCGCAGAUGGAACUGUAGCAGCAUCGAGCGCGCGCCUGACUACACACCUGAAUUACUUACAGGAACGCGAGAACAAGCCUUCGUCUACGCGAUGUCGGCCGCCGCUGCGGUUUGGAGGCUCGCGCGAGGAUGCGCUUUGGGGAGCUUGGCGGCUUGUUCUUGCGCGACUCCACCACGAAGAGAGCCACCCUCGCCAUCCGCGCUUAUCUCGCCCUCAUCCUUCACCACCAUGUCCGUCUCUUUCGACACGCUGUCCGUAAGGAACUCCUUCAAAUGGGGCGGCUGCGGGGACGAUGUGAGAUCCGCUUCAAGGAUGGCCAAGCGGUUUCUUCAGGGUGCAACGCCGCCUGGUACCGGAGGGACCGCGAAGUUUAUGCACGCGGUCAAUAUGCACAACAAUAGAGCGGGUCGGAGAGCGGUCGAGCAGUCCUUGACUUUGGAGUGCAAGUGUCACGGGGUGUCGGGUUCCUGCAGUGUGCGUACCUGCUGGCGUGGUCUAGGUGCAUCGGGACCAUCCGCCGCCGGAAGCCGUUUGCUACGCAGAUACGCCACUGCGGCGGAGGUCAGGCUGAGAUCUGGCGGCAGAUUGCCGCCUCUGUAUCACCACGAUAAUCUGCUCUAUACCACCAAGAGUCCCGAUUACUGCUUACCCGAUAAGAAGAGAGGCAGCCUCGGCACGAUAGGCAGACAAUGCAACGGCAGCAGUUCCGGCUAUGAGGGCUGCGAGUAUCUUUGCUGCAGCCGUGGCCACGUGACCAGGACUGAGCAAAUCUACGAAAGAUGUGACUGCAAGUACAUCAGCUGCUGCUACGUCAAGUGCAAAACAUGCAGCCGGAUCGUCAAGACGUACGAGUGCAAUUAAGAAUGACAUGAAUUGUCCGGGACAAUUGGCGACGGAGAUGUGUAAUCCACUUGAUGAAGAAGAAAUAAAUUCGCGUGCGUGAGCGCGUUGCAAAUUAAGCAUAAAAUUAAUUAAUUAAUUUGGCGAGAUGCGUUCGCAUGAAAGUCCCAAUACGGGAUGAUAAUUAUUUAGGCGAUAAAUUAUUUACCGCUUGAACGUGUACAACUCUCUCUCUCUCUUUCGCGUGGCGGUACGUAGUAAAAAGAGUUAUUUAUACCGUGCUACUUGCUAUUUAUUCGAUGUGUGUGCGUGCAUUGCGGCAGAUGAUUGCGAAUAAACGCG